CUUUAUGGUUUUUAGUCCUUUUAGUCUUCUGUCCACAAUUUUUUAUGGUUUUUAGUCCUUUUAGUCUUCUGUCCACAAUUUUUAAUGGGUUUUAGCCCUCUGUGCACAUUGAGGCAAUGGCGGUGGAGAAAUUGCUUAGAAUGGAUUGGAACAAGUUUCAGUAAAAAAUGCGAAUGAAUACCCAAAAAGGGCCAUGAGCGGCGCCGGCACAGUCAGAUAAUGAAGAGUCAAAAUUAAAAUCAGAUAAGGAAGGUUUGAGAAAAACAUGGUACACUGGAAACAUGGAAUGAACCUGUUGUAAGAGAAGGUGAGAUAUGGAAAAACUCGAACAGGUUUUCUCAGAGGGGGAAGCUGAUUCUUUGGAUAGUGGCAGGGGGAGCAUGGAGUGGAACUACUCACACAUUUCUGCAGAUGAGGAGGAUUUGAUUAUUAGACUUCAUAAGCUUCUGGGUGACAGGUGGACUCUGAUUGCAGGGAGGCUUCCAUGGCGUACAAAAGAGGAGAUUGAAAAAUAUUGGAAAUUGAGAAGCUACAGUAUUGAUUCCAGUGAAAGUAGCGACUGACUGACUGAAUAUUAUGUGCCAAGUCUCACUGCUGUUUUUAUUACUAAAACUGGUGUCCGAAUUUUGUAACACUAACCGAUACAGGGAACUGUUUAGGAGCAGUCUAUACUUACAGAAAAAGUCUAGCAAGGAAUCCCUAUGUAAUCAACUAUCACUGACAAAUAUAAUAUUUUGAAGUGCCUUUUUCAGAAUCA